AUGGCCCCAAGUCUCCAAGUCACCCACAUCGGCACCGCCACUGCGAUCCUAGACAUCAAUGGCGUCAACUUCCUCACCGAUCCCUUCUUUUCCCCGGCGGGCUCCUCGUGGUCCAAUGGCCCUAUUACUCUCACAGUAUCCGAUGAUCCUGCCUUGAAACUCGACCAGUUGCCCGUGAUUGAUGCGGUGUUACUGAGCCACGAAGACCAUUUCGAUAACCUGGACGACCUUGGCCGCCAACUACUCAAUGGCCGCCGCGUUUUUACCACUGUCGAUGGUGCCAAGAAUCUGGCUCCUCGCCCUGCAGUUCACGGUAUGCAGCCUUGGGAAACAAUCAACGCGACUAUUGCCGGAAAGAAAUUUCAAGUCAUAGCCACCCCAACCCAGCACGUUCCGGGAAUGGAAUGUACCGGAUUCAUCGUGACCGGAGAAGACUUCGGUCAUGGUCGAGACGGCCUGCCCAACGCAAUCUACUUCACUGGCGAUACAGUGUACAUUGAGGAGCUUAAAGACAUUGUCAAUCGGUAUCACGUCAAGGCGGCUGUGAUGAAUCUGGGCAAUGCGCAUGUGCCAAACUUUGCCGAUCUGAGUGCGCCCCCAAUUCAGGCCACAAUGGACGGCAAGUCUGCGGCUCGACUUUUCCGCGAAAUCAAAGCUGAUGUUUUGAUCCCAAUGCAUUACGAGUCUUGGGGACAUUUCACUCAAUUCGGGGCAGAGCUGCGGGGGGCCUUUGAGGAGGAGGGUAUCAGUGACAAGAUUUGUUGGCUGAAGCCUGGAGAGAAGGUCAUAGUUUUCUAG